GUUUUGCAUUAAUCGACACUGGCGUCGUGAACUGACAACUUGCUGGUUGUUAGACAGCGACAGCUAGCAGCUAGCAGCUAGCUAACUUUAACUGCAAGCAGCAGCUAAAAAUAUUCUGCUGCUGCUGAAGUGACCUGAGGUGGACACAGUUGAACUGCCAGCGGGGAUACGAGACACUGUAAAUAGUGAGGCAUUAUGGGUAACACAACUGACAGGGGGACUGCAGAUCGCCAUGGAGGCAAAGCCCACCGUUCAGACAGCAGCGGGAGUCACAAAGACCAAGAGCACAGCAGCAAGAUGGUGGACAGCACAGAUGACCCCAACAUCUUCAACACCCACGGACCUGAGUCCAAGACAUCAGGAGAGAAAGAAUUCACCCCAGAUCUGGAUGACCUGGUUAAAACCGGCCCUCAGGCUCGACCCACUGUGAUCCGCUGGGCCGGAGGGGGGAAGGAGGUCUACAUAGCUGGCUCCUUCAAUAACUGGAGCACAAAGAUACCACUAAAUAAGAGCCAUAAUGACUUCGUAGCAAUUCUGGACCUGCCUGAAGGAGAGCACCAGUACAAGUUUUUUGUAGAUGGGCAGUGGGUCCAUGACCCCUCAGAGCCGGUGGUAACCAGCCAGCUUGGCACCAUCAACAACCUGAUCCAGGUGAAGAAGUCAGACUUUGAGGUGUUUGACGCCCUGCAGGUCGACUCUCUGGAGUGCUCCGACACGUCAGAUCUGUCCAGCUCCCCUCCGGGUCCAUACGGCCAGGAGCAGUACAUCUUCAGACCCGAGGAGCACUUCAAAGCUCCACCUAUACUCCCACCUCACCUGCUUCAAGUCAUUCUCAACAAGGACACCAAUAUAUCAUGUGACCCCGCCCUGCUGCCUGAACCCAACCACGUCAUGCUAAAUCACCUUUACGCUCUUUCAAUAAAGGAUGGUGUGAUGGUUCUGAGCGCGACUCACAGGUACAAGAAGAAAUACGUCACCUCUCUUCUCUACAAGCCGAUCUAAACCUCAGCUCCACAGUGCUUUUAGAGAGCAGCAUGUUUGUCUUCUGCUGUUUGUUUUUUUUUUCCCUGUGUGUGUGUGUGUGUGUGUGUGUGUCAUCACAUUUAGCCAAAUCUUGCACUGAAACAAGUUUACAGGUGAGCUGAAGGCCGGCGGCUGUGACUGGGGUUUGGGUUUUUGAAGAGGUUGCACUUCUGACUACAUAGGGCUCUGAACAAAAAGUAGUGAAGUGUGUGUGCGGUGUCAGAGAGAGACGACAACCAUACUGUGGCUUUUACCUGCGACGUCGACAGACAGAUCAGAGACUGACUAAAUCACUGUGUGUAUUUACGUGUCUGGUGCACCUUGUGAUUAUAUUCGUGUCGGCGUGUAAAAAAACAAAAAAAAAGUCAUUUCUUCGGGGUGCGUAUCCACGUCGUGUUUGCCCUUGUAAGGUAGAAGACCUGAGGGGUUUUCAGUGUUACUGGUGUGGAGUUUUGAUUUGAAUAAGUGUUGUGUCAUCAUAACGUCCCUCGACUGAUUCAGCUAGGUUUUUAAGCUAAUUGACUUGAGUGCAGAAUAACAGGAUGACUUUAUCUGGUCUGUAGUCGGGGUCGAGGUGCUGGAGAGAGCACCAGACUUGCUUGAACUUGAAGUGCAAUAAUAUGCUGUAGGAAAAAAAAAAAAGGACUGAAUUUUACCUGAUGUCCUGUUCUUGUUUAGGACAGUGAACAACAUCCCGUAUAAUGUUCACAUUACUCAAGUUAAAGAGCCCAUAUUAUGCACAUUUUUCAUUUCAUUGUUGGGGUCUACUAGUGCACAUUAACAAGCUUUAUUGUUAAAAAACAUUUGUUUCGUACUGUACAUUGCUACAGCACCUCCUCCAUCUCUUUAAGGACCCUAUACUGAAAAUCCCAGUAUGUUUUGAUCGGUUUGACAAAAGCAAUAAAAUGUUUGUCACGUAACAUAACCCCAGAUCUUUCAAUACAUGGAUGCACAACUGGCAGAAGCAACGCUGGUGAAAAACUUCACGGCAGAAUACGAGGCAGCUGCUCGUUUUCCUUUAUGUUUGAGGGCACAUCAAACCUGUGUUGUUACAUGGUGAUGUCGAUGAGUAACAGAAGGAAAGCGCAGACCUCAAACGAGGCAUUUCAGGCAGGUAAAAAGCAGUGCUUUCAGUUUAGAGUGAAUUUUGGGCUUUGUAAAUUUGCAGACCAUUUACCUGCACAAAAAAAGCAGCUCUAUAGCCCACUUCAGAAACCCCAGAUAGCACAAUAUGGGCUCUUUAAGUUUCUCACAGUCGUGGAAUCUGCCACAUGAACUGGUUAAUGUAACGGUGACAAGAGACGGAUUGCAAUUUCAACAGGGAAACCCAUUUUCCAGAUAGGGACUGACGGUUUAAGCUCAGUGUUUAGUUCUGCUGUUGCCUUUAUCUUGAUGUAAGUUUGCGAGCACUUUACCGUUGUGUAAGCAGGAGUGUUGAUGUAAGCUUUUAACUAUGCAGCAGACAACUCUGGUACUGUAGCUUCUCUACAGGAUCUAAUUUAAUUUACAGUUUGUUUGUUUUUUUUUUUAGAUUUGACAAACUUGCUGUGCUUUAUCUGAGUUCUAUUGAUCAAACAGAAAUGUACUGUAUUUAUCUGUUACGUAUAUACACAGAGGCCUGCAUACUUUUCAACUCGCUGCUUUGCAUGUACCGAACGUCUGCGGCUUAUGACGAAACACGGAGGCAUUUACAGAAUGUAGUACGCAUCCAGAAACCGACUGACAGCACACACCUCGAAAAAAAAAGUGACCAGAGGCACAUCAGCGGAUGAAUUAUAGGGCUAUGAGGACAAACGGUUGCCAUGAAUUUACAUGUUGUACAAAGUUUGCUCACGUGUGUGUUCAUAAAAAAAGAAGAAGAAAAAAAAAACAUUGUAUUUUUUUGGUAUGGUGGCUUGAAGUUGUUUUUGUCACUUUGAAAGCAGUGCUGUUGAAUUGUCUUCACUUACAGGACAGUAUAUACCCACAGUUGACACACUUGACAGGCGCAUAAAGGGGCUUUUGGUGUUCAACCAGACACUCUGAAAGUAUUUUGUGAAUGUCGAAGCCCGGCCGUGACGUUCUGUCCAAAGAGUUUUUGGUUUUUUUUAAAGUUACGAUAAGGGAGUACGGACAAGCGGCACGGACGCGGCGUUUUAAGGCUAAAACCAAAACUUGAAUUUUACAGCAGUUUCGUGAAUGUUUUAAAAAAAAAAAAAGCUUUGCAGAAGCAGUGUGAAGAUUCACUGUACAAGGUUUUACUUGUUUGCAAAUAAAGAGAGGACGUACUGGUCCUAAUUGC